UUUUGCCGCCCUCGCGAUUCCUUUUCCUUUUCUUAAUUUCAUUAUACCCCAAAUGUGCUCCACGAAUUGAUUAAUUCUGCAGUUCAAGUUCGAUUCGUCCUGGUCGCGGAGUGUGUGAUAGUCAAUUUAAUUUCCCUCUCGUAGUUUAAAGGCUGAUAAAAUGUCGAACAACAAAGAACCAGAUCACCCCAUACCGGAUACCAUUGUAGACGAAGGCACCAAAACAACUUACGUGAAAGGACGAUAUUUCGGCAAGGGUGGUUUUGCAAAGUGCUAUGAGAUUAAAAAGAUUACAAAUGGCAAAAUCUACGCUGGUAAAAUUGUCUCGAAGCAGCUUCUGGUCAAAAGCAAUCACAGGGAGAAAAUGUCGCAAGAAAUAAGCAUCCACAAAACUCUCAACCACAAACAUGUAGUUGGAUUCCAUGGUUUCUUCGAAGACAAGCAUUUCGUCUACAUUGUCCUUGAAUUGUGCCGCAGAAGAUCAAUGAUGGAACUGUACAAGCGACGACAGAUACUAACAGAACCUGAGACUCGUUACUAUAUGAAACAAAUACUAGAUGGCGUGUCGUACCUCCACAACAACGGCAUCAUUCAUAGAGAUCUCAAGCUUGGAAAUCUGUUCCUGAACGAAAAUGUGGAAGUUAAAAUCGGAGACUUCGGACUGGCAACGAAGAUAGAAUUCGAAGGGCAGAGGAAAAUGACAGUGUGCGGUACGCCCAACUACAUCGCUCCAGAAAUCAUUACUAAGACAGGACACAGUUUCGAAGUUGAUGUUUGGUCAAUCGGAUGCAUCAUGUACACAUUGUUGGUAGGCAAGCCUCCAUUUGAGACUGAGUCAUUGAGGGAGACGUAUGCUCGCAUUAAGCGCGGAGAUUACAAGAUUCCAUCAACUCUGGAUGAUAAAGCAACGAAGAUGAUCCAUAGCAUGCUCCACUCGGACCCCAAAAGAAGACCCACCGUCCGAGCCUUGAUGAAUAUGGACUUCAUGACCAAAGGAUACUUGCCUCCUCAGCUUCCAGUCUCAUGCCUCUCAAUGGCACCUAGAUUUGACGCCUUGCAGAUACGUAACAACAAGGUUGCCCAGAGGAAACCUCUCCUUGAAGUCAACGGAGAAUUGGAAAAUAGUCCUAUCAACAAAGUCAGCACCAAGCCAGUUCCUGGAGCUACGGCUAAACCUUACGGAAAUAAUAUCGGAGAGAACGGGUUCCCACUAUCAAGUCCGACUACAACCACUGCCCAGUGUACUGAGAACCUCACAAAAUUGUACAGUCAACUUAAAGAUACGCUAAGAAAACGACCUGCUACCAUUCCUUCCAAUUUAGAGGACCUAUCUGAUCCAGCAGCACAGCCCCUCGUAUGGAUCAGCAAAUGGGUCGACUACUCGGAUAAAUAUGGGUUUGGUUAUCAGCUUUGUGACGAAGGCGUUGGCGUUGUUUUCAAUGAUAGUACUAAAUUAAUCCUCUUAGCUAAUGGAAUAGAUGUGCAUUAUAUAGAAAGAGAUGGGUCUGAACAGUAUUACACAAUGAACAAAACGCCUCCAACAUUAGACAAGAAAAUGAAAUUGUUGUCUUACUUUAAUCGCUACAUGAGCGAGCAUCUGGUGAAGGGAGGAGCAGGGCUUCAGCUACAGGAAGCCGACCAGCUUAGUCGUAUCCCGCAUCUGCACCAGUGGCACAGAACGACCAGUGCUGUUGUCAUGCAGCUCACUAACGGGACCUUACAGAUCAACUUCAUGGAUCACACAAAAUUGAUCUUGUGUCCACUGAUGGGAGCCGUGACGUACAUCGAUGCCAAACAGAAUUUCAGAACCUUCCGCUUCACCACAGUCGCUGAAUUUGGCUGUACACCAGAUCUUCAUAAGAGCCUUGACUAUGCCUUGAACAAAGUUAAUCUCCUGUUACAGAAUAAGACAGCAACAAACUGCGUGUGAGAUGUGGAAGGACCAAAAGUCAAGCUUUUAAGCCCGGUGAAACAGCCUCCAGUCAUCAGCUAUUAUUUUCGAUAGAUCUUUUAUCGCGUUUUAAAUCUUCAGCCCUGUGAUCUUUUUGGUUGAUUUACUAUUAUAACCCUGUUUUAUCCUUGUAGACACUAAGAAUAAGAUUAAUGUAUUUUACUCUUCUCGGAGACAACUGUAAAUAUUAAUUUAAGCUACAUUUCAAGAUCUAUCUCUGUUAAUUUUAAAGCUUCUCUUGAAAUGAUCUCAGUUUUUCUUCUUAAGUUUUUUAAUAAUUUGUACAUUCAAUUUUCUAUCAAAAUUGAGCCAUUUUAGUGUGUGGCAUUUCUUCCAAGAAAGACGUAGACAGCUCAAGUCACCCUUUACAGUUGUCUACCAUCUCAUCUGCAUCUUCCAUCGACAAUAAACUAUAAAGAACUGCUCGAAUGUUAGCAACCGUCAUGUUAGUGGAAAUAGCAAGUUGUUUGGGGGGGAUCUCCAGAAGAAGAAAGAGGUUAAUUUUUAUUUAUGUUCGGGACCUCACUGAAAAGGGAUUUUGAAACAUCCAGUUUUUUCUCUCACCUGCACAUGAUUUAAUUUGGAGAAGUUGGCAGUAGAUGGUUCAGAAUAAGUGUCAGGAACAUUUAUUUUUAUAUCUAAGACUAUUGUGUUUUGCAGCGCUUCCUAACUUGCGGAAGAGUUUCUUGUUUGUAAGUUGCUGUAUUUUUAGUCCACUAAAUGCAUGAGUUUUGGAACAUCAACAAAUGACAAGGGUAGUGGAUCGCAAACGUCCUUGGCACUGCGUGUAUGCUGAAAACAUAUGCACCAGCGAAAAACAAUGAGCGCAUAUGAGGAAGCUCUGGAUCCUCUAUAAGAAAUUAAUAGGUCUAUAACUGGCGGAAAGGCUGCUACUUGUGGAAACAGCAGUCUUUUAAGAUUAUUUACUUCACGGUUUUCGCUGCCUCAAGUAUUUGUUUUGUAGGUUGUUUGCUGGAUAUUUCCUUAAUUUCUUACUUAUUACAUCGGUGUGAUUUUGCAAUCUGGUCCCUCAGUAUUGAGAAUGCUUUUUAUUCAUCGUGCCUAGUAAUCAAAUUCAAAUGGAGAAAGUUUUACGGAUACGAAAGUAUGUAAAAUUCAAAAUCUGGGGAUGAAUGAUCGAUUUGUUUUGGUGACAAUACUUAAGAUAAAGUCUUUUCAUCUACGCCAAGUUGGCCGUCUUUCAAACGGCACCAGAAGAUAUACUUUCUCUCUUCUCGCAUCAAAACUCAAAGCAAGAUUCAAGAUGGCAGAUCUUCUGUCUCACUCUGAAACUCGGCCAACUUAUUGUAUGGUUACUUCAACUAAGAUUGGAUAUAUGCAGCUUCCCUCACUUGACAAUUUGGUUUGUCGCCAAAAUUUUCCUUGCUAAUGAAGCUUAAAAGCCACUGAAAGUAGGGUCACAUCGCAAUUUUGGUUGUUCGUCUUCAAUUUAACUACUUUUAUCUGCAAGGAUUGGACCCUGUUUCUGGGUGCCUUCUCCUCAUGCUUCCUUUUUAUCAUGCAGUAAUUACGAAGCUGGAAAUGAUAUUUCCAAAGCUAUCAUGAUGUUCUCUGAUAAGCUUUUGUUUUCUCUUCUUUCCUGCACCUCAUAGACACCUCCCGUUAGUGGAAAAUUCUUUCCAAAAAGGCUCUUCUCGAAUUCACGUUUUUAUUUACGAAGCAAGCAGUAUUUAUUUGAUGUAAUGAUAAUUUUAAACAAGAACAAAUAAAGCGAUUGUUCACAAA